UCGAGAGUCGAGACGGCCAACGGAGAAAGAAAUAUAGAGAGAGAAACGCUUUGCUAACACGUCAAAUAUACACAAAACGAAACACCGCUCUCUCGAUUCUCGCCUCAACACAAAUUCCUCCGGUGCAUUAAUCAGAUUUUUAGUGGAUCCCCAAUACAAAACAUUCUAGGGUUUUUCAUUUGACGGACACAUCUGGACUGCAUAUUGCUUGUUGUCCGAUAAUGCCUCUAUACAAAAGAAAACCUUUUCCUCUGUUGGAAAGGCCCAAGGAUUUGAAGCCGGAGGAGCUUGUAUUUCAAGUUCGUUUCACGAAAGAGAUAUAUAGGGAUUAUAGCGAAUACCUGAACCGGAUAAAUCUAUAUCGCCAAAGAAUUUGGACAUGUAAAGUUACUGGAAAGACUAACUUUACUUAUGAAGAGGCAUUGGUGUCAGAAAGAAAGGCAACUGAGAAGGUUCAACAAUUCCCCAAAGAACUAGUAGUGCCCGUGCUCCGCGAUGUCCAAUUCAGCAUGCUCACACUGAAAGAUCUUGUCAACUCAAUUGCUGCUAAUUUACAGCAACGAUUGUUAGAGGGCAUUGAGUUGUGUGGAAGGAGGAAUAAUCGUGUUUAUCCAUGCAAAAUUGUGAAAGUUCUGGAGGAAGAGGCUGACAGAACCCGAUACGAGGUAGCAUGGCUUGACGAAGAUAAGAAAAUAACUGGAAGUGCUGUAGUAAAUGAAGAAGAUUUGGUACGGAAGAAGCUUCCUUUUAGUAGAGAUGUUCUGAAGUCUUUCAUCAGAGAAUCCACAUAUCGAAGCGUGCCCUGGGUGCUACAUGAUAAAUUGGCACAGAAGCAUGGAAUUUCUACUGAUCCUCCAGAAGAAUUAAGAACCAAAAUUUUCUUCCAGGAUGGACGUGUAGUCAUCAAUAAGAAAAAAAGAGAAAAUGAGGAAGAUGGACAAAAUACCAUGGAGGCAGAUAAAGAAGAAUCUAGAGAACGCAAACGAAAAAAACUGGGGCGGGAGAAAACUGAAGCCUUGAUCUUUAGGAACAAUGUAGAGAAAGAAGAUGAUAAACUGAAGGAAGAGCCCAUUAAAUAUCCAAUCGAUGAUCAGUUGGUGCAACCUGCUGCAGAUGAUCCAGUUUUCACUGAACGCCCUUCGCCAUCGAGGGACUUUAAUGUUCCCAUGGACUGCGUUGGCGAUCUUUUAAUGGUUUGGGAUUUUUGUUCUUCUUUUAGCAGGCUAUUGCACUUAUGGCCAUUCUCUCUUGAUGAUUUUAGAAGUGCUCUCUGCCAUAAGGACAGCAAUCCGACUCUCAUUGUGGAGUCUCAUUCUGCUCUUCUUCGCUUGCUUAUGAAAGAUAAUGGAGAAUAUUCUGUGUUUGUCAAGAAUAAAAAGCGAAAACCAAAGAUUACAUUAGUUACUUGGACGGAGUUUUUGUGUGAUUUCUUAGAAAUGAUUGACGUUGCUGAAUUAUCAACUCUCAUAACAACAAUUAGGAGGGGUCAUUAUGGCCUUGUAGACAUUUAUGCUAAAUUGAGAAUCUUCCUGGAAUUGGUUGAUCAAGCCCUCGCCACAGAUGUUGUUAGGGAGAAGUUGAAUGAGUAUAUCGAACAGCGGCAGGCACUUGCAGCCACAAGAAGAGUGGAAGCACUAGAGGAAGCUAGAAAGAAGAGGGGAGAUAAAGAACGUUUGAAAGCGGAGUCUGAUGGCAAUCAAACAACAAAAGGGCUUAGUGGGGAGUCACUAGGAAGAAAAUCACAUGAACCAGUGAAUGACAAUCACAAUAGACAAAAUGGAGAGGCUUUGGAGAAAAAGAAUAUGAAGGUUCACUCAUCUCAGCAGAAACAUGCACUUGAAAGAAGGGAGAGUAAGCAAGAAGACAACAUUUUGAAGAAGAAUGUGAAGAAGAAAAUUGAUAGAGAGGUCGAGGUAGAAAAUAUAAAAGAUUCAUCCAUGAAGGGAGCUCUGAAACUGACAGGGGAUGAUCGAAAUGAAGCAACAGAAAAAAGGAGUAAAGAACAGAGGAAAGAAUAUCUUGAACGGGAGAUAGAGAAAAGAUUCAUUCGCAACAAUCCUUUGGGAAAAGACAAGAUUUAUAACAGGUAUUGGUUUUUCCGACGUGAUGGGAGGAUAUUUAUAGAAAGUUCUGACUCAGCGCUGUGGGGCUAUUACAGUACCAAGGAAGAGCUUGAUGCUUUGAUGGGCUCACUGAACCGAAAGGGGGUGAGAGAGAGGGCACUCAAAAAGCAGCUUGAGAAGUGCUAUGCUCGAAUAUGCUCGGAGCUGCAAAAGAGAUCUAAGGAGGUAGCUCACAGGAUUGCAGUGGAGGAGGCUGUGCUCCGGAGAUCAACUCGUGUUCGUGCCCCACCUAGGGAAAAUCCUGCUGUUGCUUUCCUCAAGUACGUGAACAAGUGGAAAGAAGACUAAUUGCCGUUCCUUCCAAUAUAGCAUUCAGAGUUCAAAUUUUUUUACUUGGGAUGAGAUAUAGGAGUACAAAAUUUUUUGGACAAUUGAAGAGCCUGAUUCAUCCAUUUCUGUAGUGUUACAAUUUGUUGAGGUGUGGGGCCAUGGUGGUAUGGCACAUUUUUAUUUGGUACCGGCAAACAUGUAGUUGUGACAACGGAACCUCAAUUUUGUAAAUGACCUUCCUCGGCAUGUUCUCAAAUUAAUUGUUUAGUCGCAGAAUUUUGAUUUA